UAUAACAAAAAAAAAUUGUUGUGUACACAGACGAGAAGAGCUUGUUGUGUUUUGUUGGCUCCUUCAGGCUCAUAAAUAAGAAAAAAACAAAACUGAAAACAAACAAAUUUUAAUCGAAAAACAUAAAACGGCAUGUCUGUGUUUCGAACAGAUAUGGAAUUUGAUCGAAAAUUAAUUGAAUUAAUUAAGGCCAAUCCCAUGUUGUACGAGAAGGAACUGCGAAGUUCACCCUACACAGAUAUGAAAAAGAAAUUUGAGCUAUGGAGUCAUAUUGCCACUUCUCUGGACUGUGACACCAAAUACUGUCUGCUGCGAUGGAAAAGUUUAAGGGGGAAAUAUCGACGAGAGGUGGCCAAGCUGGGCAAGGAACCGACAUGGGAAUUGUUUGACCAAAUGAAAUUCAUUGAUAAACACAUUAAAUAUCAAGGAACCCAACGUAAUCUUAAGAGUCCGGAACACCAAAGUGUUCCAUUCAACUGCAAUAUGGAGGCUGAGCAAUUAAUUGAAGAAAUUCACGAGGAGGACUAUGACGAUGAUCCCCUGCAAGAGGCAAUGGAUGAACAAAUAAGUACAUUUGUACCCUAUAACACCACAAGAGAACGAAUGUUUCCAUGCCAGCAGCAGCAACAACAAACGAUUAUACCCAGCAAUACCACGACGACAACAAUUAUCUCCUCACCAAUGCAAAACAGUGGCGCCAUGAAACGUAUCGAAGCCCUGCUAGAGGGCUUGGGUGAACAUAAUCGCAAUAAGGCCGAAAAACGUAUUGUUGCCUAUCUGUGCAAAUGCCAGCUGAAGACGUUAAGUAAUGAAGAUGUGGAUGAUGUUGAUAUUUAAUAAGGACGUUUACUUAUUUUUCGAAUGGACUAAUCACAAGAAUAUUGCUGCUUACUAAUAUUUAGUAUAUAAGGGAAGUUUGUUUUUCAAGUUCAAUGCGAUCGUAACAACAUGAAGUUAAGUUAAAAUUGUGUACGGAACGUUUCGAGAGAAGAAAUCAAAAGGGAUUUUGUGACAAUUGCUAAACCACAUGAUUUGUUGUAAUGUUGAUACUCAUGGAAAGGGUACAAAAGUUUUAUUGAAAAUAUAUCCGGAAACGUUCAGAGAAAC